GACCGAACUAUGCGCCCACAUCAUUGCAGCCAUCAUCAGUUUUAAGUGGAAUGAAGCAACUGUAUAUUAUGGAUUAAGGAGAACAAAACAUUAAGUCUACGAUGGUUCACAAAAUUGUGCUUUAUAAGGCAAAUGUAACGGAGAUAAAUCAACCAGUACCUCGCAUGAAGAACAGAAUAACGUCAUAAGAAGAGACCCUGUUUGGCUAUUCAGUGAGAGGCGAGUAUUUUCUUUGGUGAACCGCCAUGUUGAGAUCGGACAAUCCCCAACGUCAUUGGUCAGGCAUCUUCUUAUAACUGGUGCAAUAGACUCGCCUUUUAUUGCCGGCAGGCUGGAGAGAAGCGGAAAUGCUUGUGAACUUAAUACACGGAGAUUUGACAGCUACUUAGUGGAGUAGGUAUAUGAUAAUCUCCUUUUUGCUGAUGUGUUGAGAAGCUGAAGAAAUUCCAGGAAAAAAUGGUAAAUACAGCCAGGGUUUGGACAAGGAGGGUAUUGAGCCAUGGUCAGAAGUGGACAAGUCUGGUGUUUGCCAAAUAUGAGGGACAACCGUUUAAAUAUGCUGAGAUAUAUUUUAGUGACUGGCCCUAAAAUAAUCAGAGCGAAUUGAUGUUUUACUUUAAUCUGGAAUAGAUGUAAAAUAGAUGAAACAUGUCUUUGUUUAGGUCACAGGUGUGGUCACAGAUGCCAAACAACACUCACAACAGAAUGAGUGAAACUGCUUUUUUAAAGGCAAUAUUCGCACUGUUUUAAAAAUAUUUUCACCAGGCCUAACGCUUGAUAGUAUGUGGCAUAUAUAAUUCUUCAUAUGCCCAUGCUAUGUGAUAAAACAUGUCUCAUCACAAUGUAGCGUUCAAUACACACACACACACACACACACACACACACACACAUACACAUAUAUAUAUAUAUAUAUAUAUAUAUAUAUAUAUAUAUAUGUAUAAAUUGUAAGUAACUUUAUGUGAUGUGUUAACUUUGUGUUUUAAUUCAGUGUAUUGUUAAAUUCACUUUAAAACUGUGAUGGUUGAAUCAACCGUAGCCUUGUCCUGAUGUAAUUUGUAUUUUUGUGGUUCUUUUGAGCUAUCUCCUUCUAGAGUACAACUUAUUGCACAAAUGGAUCUCAUUAUGCAACUAUAGCUCUGUUUAUGCAUGGUUAUGGGUGUGGUUCGACAAAAAAUAAAUAAAUAAAUGCAAUGCAGUAUUUCUAAAGUCAUCAAGAAAUAAGAUGGUAACAAGAACACUGUUGCUUGAGGAAUGGGGAAAUAAAUAUUUUCUUUGUUUUUAUAUCAUGGACAAACAGUAGCUCUCUGUAAUGGAUUUGAAAAUAAUAUAUAUAUAUAUAUACAUUGUUAUUGGUUCUGUUGCUGAGGCACAACGGCACAAUAACCCUGAUUCAAUAUCAAAUUCGGUAGGAGUAAAAUAUUUUUCAAGGAUGGCCAAGAUGGACUGCGAAUGCUAAACCCAUCGCAUUAUAUUGGUGGGCUAUGUUGAUUUUUCCAAUCAUAAUUAAAAAUGUCUACUGCAAAUAGCUGCACGCAGAAUUGACUAUUGUGUAUUUUAAUAAAGCAAUAGAGUAAAAAAGAACAUAAUUGUUUAUUGUGUGUGUGUGUGUGUGUGUGUGAGAGAGUGUGUGUGUGUGUGUGUGUGUGCGUGUGUGUGUGUGUGUAUGUUUGUGAGUGUGAAGUAAGCGCCUGGGUGGAAUAUUACAGCGGAGCCAUUCACGGUCCUCGCCACAAGCAGUAUAUCAAGCCAAUAAAAAUCAAAGCUCCCUGAUGUAGUAUUUUAUUAUAGUAUUAAAGAACCAAAAAAGUUCAAGUAGUUUCUUCCAUAAAUACAAGGGGAUUGUCGCACGGUGGUGUUUAAAACCCUCGUUAAGAAAAAAUUACUGUUCAUUUUCCAAUAAAGCUGUUCAUUAUCUCAACGUACUCCUACUAAGAAGGAAGACGCUUGCCUACAUGGAGGUUUAGAAGUUAAAGCACGUGGGAGUAUAAAAUAAUUUAGAAAAAAUUUGAUAAUAGUAAGAUAAGAUGGUUUGGGCAACUUUACAAGCGCACACAAGCACAGAUUUUUUUUCUCAUUUAUUUGUAGCCCAUUGCCCCGCAUAUGCAUUUUAAUACUUGUCAAAACGUUUCAUAAUUUAAGUUGACAUUUUCCCGAUUGCUUGUAGGUAUAUGAAGAUAUAUGGACACACUCCCAUUUUGCAUUUUGCAUAAACAAGACAAUUUAUUUAGAGGGGAUAUAGAGAAAGCGCAAGAGGAGGAGAGCUCCGUACAGUCUCUUGGCGGAUUGAUUUACACCCCAUUGACGCUUUAUCAGGCUCGCGAAAAAAGUCUGACCAAUCACUUUACUCGGAGCGCACACCAUAGAAGCCCGGCUCUACUUUGUUGGCGAGCGAGUAGAGAGGAGUACCGUAAAGAGGGGAGUAAAACCCAUUUCUAUGGUACAUGUUUUCCCUUCAAUGAACAGUACGUUAUAUAAUGUCCGAGAAUGUCCAUUUCUGGAACUCUAAGCAACUACUAUGUCGAUUCUAUCAUAAGUCAUGAAGGAGAAGAUCCAAACACGUCUCGCUUCUCCAAUGUACAGUACUCCAGCGCUAGACAGCCGGGACCAGGCGAGCAUCCCGAGUUUCCCUCUUGUAGCUUCCAACCCAAGCCUGCUGUGUUUAGUUCUUCAUGGAGCCCAUUCAGUUCCCACGCGUCCAAUGGCUUGCCGGCGGUGUACCAUCCCUACAUAUCCACACAGCCCGUGCCUUCGACGGAUACCCGAUACCUCCGCACAUGGCUCGACUGUGCCCCGAGAGCAGAGCCACUGCCUGGGCAAGGACAUGUCAAGAUGGAGCCGCUACUGGGACAUCUCGGAGAACCACCGAAACUUGGUGGUCAGCAUGAGUACAUAUUGGAAUCCUCUACAGCACGGGAGAUGAAUUCUGGUAACAGCGCCGGAAUCGAAGACAAUAAGGACACAUGCGAAGGUAGCGAAGACAAAGAGGGACCGGAUCAAAACGACCCAUCGGCCAACUGGUUGCACGCUCGAUCAUCCCGGAAAAAACGAUGUCCAUACACUAAAUAUCAGACCCUGGAGCUUGAGAAGGAAUUUUUGUUCAAUAUGUACCUCACCCGGGACCGGAGACACGAGGUCGCUCGCCUGCUGAACUUGACAGAGCGACAAGUAAAAAUUUGGUUCCAAAACCGAAGGAUGAAAAUGAAGAAAAUGAAUAAGGACCAGCCCAAAGAAUGAUAACGCAGACUCGUGCCUGGUUUUCAAGCCUUUUACAAAGAGCCUGUUAAAUCUGGAACUGAUGCAAGAGUUUUGAAUUAAUCAAAAAUAACACACACACACACACACACACACACACACACACACACACACACACACACACACACACACACACACACACACACACACACACGCACGCACACACACACACACACGCGCGCGCGCACGCUGGUGCGGCUAUUCUUUUGAGGACUCUCCAUAGACAUCAUGAUUUUUAUACUGUACGAAUUAUAGAUUAUAUCCCCUAAACCUAACACAACCCCUAAACCUAGCCCUACAAAAAAAAUUCUGUCAAUAAAAAUGUCCUCAUAAACCAAGUUUGUAACCUAAAAAAAUCCCCCCCCCCCCACACACACACACAUGUUUGCUUCACUAUAUAAGUGAGGGCAUCUCAUAUAGACUUCCACUGAUUUAAAAGUAGACUAAUUAUAUUUUCUAUCCCCCUAACCCUAAUCCGAAACCUAAACCUAAACCUACACAUAAGUAGAUUGAAAGCUAAACAUGAUUUGGCCGAUUUAUGAGUCUUUACUAUAGUGAGGAUCACCUAAAAUGUCAUCACUAGUGGGUUUUCAACAAGAUUCUCUGUAUUCGUGAGUGCAUUUUAAUUGAAACGUGUACACACACACACACACACACACACACACACACACACACACACACACACACACACACACACACACACCACUUUACGUAUGAACUGACAGCAUUAAACAGACUGUAAUGAAGAGGUGAGAUGACGCAGAGAAUGGCGAAAACUUCUUGCUAUAUAUAUACAUUGAAAGCUACUUUUAUGACAUUUUAUGACUUGUGUGAAAGAAACGAACACUUCAUCACGAUAAAAACAGGUGAUAAGGAACCGGUAUCACCAGGUCACGAGCAACUGAACAUAUUGUGCUUUUUUUCUUUUUCUUUCUGGUCUUACAUUCCUUGUUUAUCAUUUCUAUUAUAAAUGCUGAUAGAAAAUGUAUUUAGCAAAAACAUUAGCCUCAGCCAUAAUACAAGACAUCUUUUUUUCUGAUCUGUUCAAACAUUCAAGUGGAAUCUUACCGACCAGAGCACUGUUUACAAAAUGAUGAUGAUGAUGAUGAUUAUUAUUAUUAUUAUUAAGAGAGAAGUGAAUCAAUCUUUCUCUUUUGGUUUUCAAAGAAGAUUUUAGGUUUCUUUUGACAUUUGUUUGUGCCUAAAGACCUAUGUAUCUGCACAUUUAAUGUAGCCUAUACCUUUUUACAUCUCUUCGUUGGUUUUUCUUCAGAAAAAGCAACGUCUGCAUAAGAUAUUUCUUUAUUUUAAUUAUAGCCUGGGGAUUCUUUCGUUUUGUUUACAAUAAUGAAUUAUUUAAACGCAGAACUACGUUCAUGGCAAAUAUCUCAAAAUAGUGCUUGUUUAAAAUAUGGCUUAAACAAUGGUUCCUCUGAUUAAUACAUAACGGAAAACAACAACCUGUAUCAGACUCCAGGUUCGGAGUGAACUAUAUUUGUAGUGGGAAUUCAGCCGUGCUUAAAUGUAUAACAACCUUUAAUAAUUCGGCCACUGUAGUGAAUUCAGUUGUUUACAUACAUUUGCGCAUGCUUCCUAGUGUAGUUUUCUUAUGUGCGUGUUAUCGAAAAAGCUAGAAUUAAUUCAAAUCUGUUUUAGGUGUGGUACUAGGAUUGUCAUUUUAAUUUAUUGUAAAUACAUUAAUUGCUUUGUUUCUUUUAAAUGUAAUUUGUUUUAUAUGUUGUAAAAUAUAUAUAUAUUUUUACAUUUCAUAUACUUGAAAGAGGAAUAGAAGUAAUCUUUAGCAUUUAAAUGUUGUUUUCACGUUCUAUAUAUGUCCAGAAUUCGUUACGUUUUUUGUAUUGUCAGUGAUGAGUUUUGUAUUUCCUCGUUUCCUUAUAGAUUUUUUUUGUUAAGAGAUAUUUUAACACUUUGUGGUUUGACUUUAAUUUGAAUGCCAGCGUGGAUAUCUUAAAAUCUUCAUCUUUGACAAAUCUCUACUCUCUCUCUCUUUCUCUCUCUCUCUCUCUCUCUCUAAUGUCACACACACACACAUGCACACACACAUGUUGGUCUACCUAUCAUUAUGAGGACUUUCAAUAGACAUAAUGAUUUUUAUACUGUACAAACUAUACAUUCUAUCCCCUAAACCUAGCACAACCCCUUAACCUAACCCUCAAUAUUUAAACAUGCCCCCCCACAGAGAGAGAGAGAGAGAGAGAGAGAGAGAGAAAGAAAGAGAUAGUCUUUUUCUAACAUGACAUUUUUGUCUUUUUGUGGCCUCUGUACAUUUCAUGUAAGUCAAAGAAAAAAAAUUUAAAUAGUUUUUGAACACUACUGCUUCAUUUCAUUUUAUGUUUCUGUUUUGUUGUUGUUAAUCUGUGCUAUUGCACGGCUGAUGCUGGACUCUGGAAAUUAAAAGUUUACAUAGA